CCGCUCAGCCGGCGAUAAACAGUUCCGCAUUUCCACAUACAACAUGGCUGCGGAGGGGGACGUAGAGUUAGACCUGGAAGCGGAGGAAAACUGCACUGGAAAACCAGUGGAAAAACCCCGAAAACAUGACAGCGGGGCUGCCGAUUUGGAGCGAGUCACAGACUAUGCAGAAGAAAAAGAAAUCUCCAGCUCCGAUCUACAAACGGCCAUGUCAGUGAUCGGUGACAGACGAUCGAGGGAACAGAAAGCGAAACAGGAGCGGGAGAAAGAGCUAGCCAAGGUCAUCAUUAAGAAGGAAGACGUAGAACUAAUCAUGAGCGAGCUGGAGAUCCCGCGGAUCGUGGCCGAGCGCAGCUUGAGGGAGCACAUGGGCAACGUGGUGGAGGCGCUGAUCGCCCUCACGAACUGAGCCGGGCGGACCGGCAAAGCCGGCGUGCACUGACCUCAUUCAAAGCUGGAAGUGACUCAUGGGCCAAGUUAUUUUAGGACUGCAAAUAAAGCAUUUCGGGAUUUUUU